ACCCAGGCCUCCUUCGGUGUAGCUGUGUGCUCCCCUCUGCUCCCCUGCCUCUUCUGAGCCAAAGAGGGUCUCCUCUCACCCUGCCUGUUCUUACCUCCCCCCAUGCCACUUCCUUGUGACCCCAACUGGGCCCUGGCAUUUCCAGCCAUUGCUGAAGUGGAGCCCCAAAGGACUAUGAAACUUGCCAAGAGGAGAAGAGUGGGGAAAGCGGCAGAAGAGAAGGGAGAGGUGGAAACCUUUUAUGGGGAGGGAAGGGGAAGCCCCCCAUUGGUGUCCAGGAAGUUGGGGGCGGGGCUUCUCCUGGAACCUGCCCACAUGUACCACCAGCUCUGCCUCUGAACCUUGACGGGCUCCGGCUGCCGCCCUGGAAACCGCAACCCGCUGCGGGCCUCAAAGGAACCAGCUUCUGGCUUCCCUCUGCAACAGGCUGCGUGCUUCAGACCCUGAGGAUUAGUUACUGCAAGCUUCGCGCCCCUCAACCUGGACUUCUGCUGACACCCAAUCCAGCCGGUGGGGCUGGAGCUGGGGCCGGGCGCUGGGGGUAGACAGCUCCCAGCGACACUAGGACCCUGCAGGGUGCGAGUGAGACUGACUGCUGGGAGAGCUGCCCCAGGCACCCCACCCCACCCCCAUGUCACCUGGAGAGAAACUGGACCCGCUUCCUGACACUUUCAUCCUGCAGCCGCCAGUCUUCCACCCGGUGAUUCCUUAUGUCACAACAAUUUUUGGUGGCCUGCGAGCAGGCAAGAUGGUCAUGCUCCAAGGAGCGGUCCCUCUAAAUGCACGCAGGUUCAUGGUGGACUUCCAGUGCGGCUGCAGCCUGCACCCCCGGCCAGACAUCGCCAUCCACUUCAACCCUCGCUUCCACACCACCAAACCCCAUGUCAUCUGCAACACCCUGUACCGUGGGCGCUGGCAAGCCGAGGCCCGGUGGCCCCACGUGGCCCUGCAGAGAGGGGCCAGCUUCCUCAUCCUCUUCCUCUUUGGAAAUGAGGAGAUGAAGGUGAGUGUAAAUGGACACCACUUCCUCCACUACCGCUACCGGCUCCCACUGUCUCGGGUAGACACCCUGGGCAUAUUUGGCGACAUCUUGGUGACAGCCGUUGGAUUCCUGAACGCCAAUCCAUUCGUGGAGGGUGGCAGCGAGUAUCCGGUUGGACACCAGGACCUGCCAUUCUCUGGGCUGCUGCACAUUGCACAAGGCCCAGCUGCCCCUUCCCUCACUGUGCGGACACCAUGGUUACAGCUGGCCCUGCCUCAGCCCAUGGGAGCCUGGAUUUGCCUCUCCCUGGUGCCAAGGCCAGCUAGGGAGGACGGAUGCGGUGGGCUGACUUCCUGGAGUGGGCAGGGCCCAGCCUUUCUGCCGGAUCCAUCUCAGAUGGAGCUUCAGCAACCCUGCAAGGUAGCAGGUUGGCCUGCAGGGCAGAAGGGAAAUGAGACCCAGGGACUCGGCCAGGGUCACACACCUUUCCUGCUGAGGAGCCCGGGGCUGGAGGUGCCCUGCUCACAUGCCCUUCCCCAGGGUCUCUGGCCUGGACAGGUCAUCAUAGUGCGGGGACUGGUCUUACCCGAGCCCAAGGACCCCUUCUCCGGCCCCUUCCCACAGUUUCACGCUCAGUCUGCGAGACGAGGCCGCCCACGUUCCCGUGACACUCAGGGCAUCCUUUGCAGACAGAACUCUGGCCUGGGUCUCCCGCUGGGGCCGGAAGAAGCUGAUCUUGGCCCCCUUUCUCUUCUACCCCCAGCGAUUCUUCGAGGUGCUGCUCCUGUGCCAGGAGGGAGGCCUGAAGCUGGCACUCAACGGGCAGGGCGUGGGGGCCACCAGCCUGGGCCAGCAGGUCCUGGAGCAGCUACGGGAACUGCGGAUCAGUGGUAGUGUCCAGCUCUACUGUGUCCACUACUGAGGAGGGAGCCAGAGGGCCCAGCCAGAGAAGAGGACCUGCCUAUACCGAGGGCCCCACCAGCUGACCCCACUCUCCUCCCCUCAUUAAAAGUGUCACCACGAUGUCGGGCCUGGCUCACCUCCGGAACCAGGAGCCUGAGUCUGCAGAUGCUUUGGGCCCCACAGCAGAAGGUGGGCACAAGAACGUGAAGGCUCCAGAAACUCUGAAGCUCCCUCUUCUGAGAGCCUGGGAUUUGGCUCUGCUGUCCUUCAGGGGCCUCUAAAAGGAGGUAGAUACUCCAAAUGAAGCCCAAUGAAGGUACCCCAAAAUACAGCAGCUUUAAAAAUUGAGAUGUUUAUUUCCUUCUCACAUAAACAGAAAAUAGUUCAGGUCAGUGGGUAACUGCUCGCUGUGGACCUUCUGGGUCAUCCCACAAACCCCAGAGCAUCAGCAUCACCUGCAUGGCUGAGGCAUGGUCACCACUGUAUCUGGGUUUCAACCACUGAGAAGGCAAAUGGAGAAUAUGGACAAGGCCCACCUGAUGUCAUAAGCCCAGGCCUGGGAUUGGCACACACUAUUUGCACUCACAUCUCAUCGGCAAAUAGUUACAUGGCCACACUGUCUACAAGGGAGGCUGGAAGUGUUCUCUGUGAGAUGACCAUGUGCCUGGUCACAGGUCCACAACUGUGAUUCCUGACAUAUUUGGUAUCAUUCAUAUGAUCUGAUUUUGUGUUUUCUACUUACUAUUGCUAUUUUGUCCUUAUGUUUUCAGCUUUCAUACUUACUAUUGGAUUGAUGAAGUCUCCUUUAUCACUCUCCCAUUUUUUUCUUAAGCUAAUUUGAAAGUUAUGAAUUCCAUUUUAUAUAUUUCUAGUGGUUAUCCAUACUUUUUAUUUUAUUUUUUAAUUAACAUGUAAAAUUGACUUUCCAGGAUGGGUAAAAUUCUAGAUUUGUGUGAUGACCACCAAUACAAUCAGGAUAUAUAUAACUCUGUCAUUCCAAAAAAUUCCUUGGUGUCACUUCUGUGUAAUCAUACCUCUCCACCCCCUCCCUUCAGUUCAGUUCAGUUCAGUUCAGUCGCUCAGUCGUGUCCGACUCUUUGCGACCCCAUGAAUCGCAGCACACCAGGCCUCCCUGUCCAUCACCAGCUCCCGGAGUUUACAUCAAACUCAUGUCCAGCCAUCUCAUCCUCUGUCGUCCCCUUCUCCUCCUGCCCCCAAUCCCUCCCAGCAUCAGGGUCUUUUCCAAUAAGUCAACUCUUUGCAUGAGGUGGCCAAAGUACUGGAGUUUCAGCUUCAGCAUCAGUCCUUCCAAUGAACACCCAAGACUGAUCUCCUUUAGGAUGGACUGGUUGGAUUUCCUUGCUGUCCAAGGGACUGUCAAGAGUCUUCUCCAACAUCACAGUUCAAAAGCAUCGAUUCUUUGGCGCUUAGCUUUCUUCACAGUCCAACUCUCACAUCCACACAUGACCACUGGAAAAACCAUAGCCUUGACUAGACGGACCUUUGUUGGCAAAGUAAUGUCUCUGCUUUUUAAUAUGCUAUCUAGGUUGGUCGUAACUUUCCUUCCAAGGAGUAAGCAUCUUUUAAUUUCAUGGCUGCAGUCACCAUCUACAGUAGUUUUGGAGCCCAAAAAAAUAAAGUCUGACACUGUUUCCACUGUCUCCCCAUCUAUUUCCCAUGAGGUGAUGGGACCAGAUGCCAUGAUCUUAGUUUUAUGAAUGUUAAGCUUUAAGCCAACUUUUUCACUUAACCCCCAGCAACUCACUGAUCUGCUCACCAUUACUAUAUUUUGUAUUUUGAGAAUGUCUUAUAAAUGGAAUCAGGUAGGAUAUGACCCUUUGAAAUUGGUUUCUUUCAAUCAGCAGUACCUUUGGGUACUGAUCUAAGUGCUGUGUAUAACACUGAGUCAUUUCUAUUUAUUAUUAAUACUCAGUAUGAUUCUAUUGUACCGCAAUAUAUCUGUUGACCCACUGAAGAACAUUUGGGUGGUUUUCAGUUUUUGACAAUUAUGAAUAGAGCUGCUAAAAACAUUUGUAUACAAGUCUUUGUAUGAAUGUAACUUCAUUUAUCUUGGUUUAAUACCUACCACUGGGCUUGAUGGAUUAUGUGGUAAAUGCAUGUCUAAUUUUAUAAGAAGCUAUCAAACUAUUUUCCAGAGUUAUUUCAGAGUAGCUUUGGAAAUUUCACAUUCCCACCAGCAAUCUAUGAAAUUUCCAGUUGUUCUGCAUGCUCAUCAAUACUUGUUAUUGUCAGGAUUUUUUAUGUUAGCCAUUCUUGAUGUGUAGAGGUAUCUCAUUAUGGCUUUAAUUUGUAUUUUCCUAGCAGCUAAAGAUGUUGAGCAUCUUUUCAUGUGCUAAUUUUCCAUCUGUGUGUUCUCUCAGAAGUGCUGUCCCCUUCUCUAUUUUCUGGAAUUUUGUAAACAUUGGGACUGUUUCUUUAAACUGUUCAUGAAAUUUGCUGGGGAAGCUAUCUAGACCUGGAUAUUUCCAUUUCGAAGAUUUUUUAAUUAAAAAUUCAAUUCUUUUAAUAGGACAUAGAAAUAGACUGUGUAUCUAUUUUAUCUUGGGUUGGCUUUGUUAGUUUGUGUUUUUCAAGAAAUUGGUCCAUUUAAUCUAGAUUCCAUAUACAUGCAUUAAUAGGCAAUAUUUGUUUUGCUCUUUCUGACUACUCUGUAUAACAGGUCCUGGAUUCAUCCACCUCACUACAACUGACUCAAAUUUGUUCCUUUUUAUGGCUGAGUAAUAUUCCAUUGUACAUAUGUACCAUAUCUUCUUUAUCCAUUCAUCUAUCGAUGAAUAUCUAGGUUGCUUCCAUGUCCUAGCUAUUGUAAACAGUACUGCGAUGAACACUAGGGUACAUGUGUCUUUUUGAAUUGUGGUUUUCUCAGAGCAUAUGCCCAGUAGUGGGGUUGUUGGGUCAUCUGGUAAUUUUAUUCCUAAUUUGUUAAGGAAUCUUCAUACUGUUCUCUAUAGUGGCUGUACCAGUCUACAUUUAAUCUUAGUCAUCAAAUGUAAUACAUAUAUGCAGGGCAUAAUAUGAUUUUCUUAUCUUUUCAAUGUCUAUGGGGUCUUUAGUGAAAACCCUUCUUUCACUUCUGAUAUUGGUAAUUUGAAUCUUUUUCCCUUUUUUUCUUUGUCAGUGUCACUAGAGUUUUACCAACUUAAUUGGUAUUUUCAGAAAAAUGGCUUCAGCCCUAUUGAUUUUCUCUACUGUUUUCUGUUUCCAACUUUAUAGAUUUCUGCCCUUGUCUUUUUUGUUUCCUUCUUUUUACUUGCUUUAGUUUAUUUUGCUCUUUUUUUCUAAUUUCUUCAGUUGAAAGCUCAGAGUACUGAUUUUAAACUUUUCUUCUUUUCUAGUAUAAGCAUUUAAGAUAAUACAUUUUUCCUCAGCACUUUACCUAUACCACACAAAUUUUGAUAUUUUGUGUUUGCAUUUUUGUUCAUUUUAAAAUAUUUGCUAAUGUCCAUUGAGACUUCCUCUUUGAUGGGUGGAUUAUUUAAAAGUGUGUUAUUUAAUUCCAAGUAUUGUAGAUCAUUCUGAUAUCUUUCUGUUAUUGAGUUAUAGUUUAACUUCAUUAUGGUCAGGAACACACUUUGUAUAAUUUCAAUUAUUUUAAAAUUUUUAAGAUUUUCUCAUGAUCCAGAAUAUAAACUUCAAGUUCCUGUGGGCACUUGAAUGUGUACUCUGAUGUUACUUGUUCAAUAAAUGCCAGUUAGAUCCAA